AUGCUUGGCCGCCAAGUUACUCGCUUGGGCUGCCGUUUGACUUCCAUUCAUUGUUCGAAGUUCCGUGAAGUGAAGGCUCUUCAUACGUCUGCGAUUUUCAAAAAUGCCGACUUAUAUAAGGUUCUGGGGUUAACUCACGACGCGACACAACGGGAAAUCAAAGAGGCAUUUUACGCUCUCUCGAAACUUCAUCACCCUGACCUAAGUAGUGACGUCAAAUCCCAUGCCAAAUUCCAAGAAAUCUCAAAUGCCUAUGAUAUUCUUGGUGACCCUCACAAGCGCAUGGAUUAUGAUCGUGGCCUUGUCAUACCAAAGCAUUCGACCAAGCCUUCUGAUUUUCCAACUAAGAUUGAUCCUGAUUUUCUCCGUAAAGCAGAUAGUGGUUCUUUUGAAUCUCACUAUGUUCGGUCAUACAAUCGCAAUUUGAAAACUGCUUGGGCUCAACAUUCUGAUGAAAAUAUCGCUAAAAGUGCUUUCGAGUAUAGGAUCGACCAGCGGAUCCUUGUCUCCGUAGUUUAUCUCACUCUUUUCGGCUCUAUUGUGGUAUGCUUCUGGAUUUCAAAAUACUUUGAGGAACCUAUCCCUCUCGUAUCGUCUGGUGACUCUUAG